AUGAAAUUAACAGUAGUGGAUUUUGUAUAUUUUUUGAAACUCUCGUUAUUACUACGAGGAAUUUUUGCAGCUUCGCUUGAUGAUGAAGAAUGUAUCGAAAGUGAAGACUCAGAUUAUACGAGAGAAGACUCCGUUGUAAGGAGAACGUCUAACAAGGAACAUACGGAAACGGCGACCAGUAUUGUUUACAUAUAUUCACCACAAACUUCUUUCAACUCGCUGAUGGGUGUGGGUCAUCCAACUACUAUACUAAUUGCUUCAACCCAUAUUGAGGUUGUCACCAUCACCCCAGGAUUAGUUGAAUCUAAGGAAUCUUAUGCAUCAGAAUACGAUACUACAGUUGCACAAACGAGUGAAGAUUUGUCAGAAAUUACUACAAUCUGUUCUAGUUGUUCCACAUCGACGAAUAACAACCCGAAAGGCCAUAAACACACAACUGAAGCCAUUUUAUCAAUUGAGUCCCAAUCUGACAAUUCGAUUUCGGCUGUCACAUUCCAUGGAAGCACGAUCGCUGCAUCGUCAACUGGGGUUGUUUCAAGCCAUUCAGAGGCUUCAGGCUCCUCAAGCUAUAAUCCCGUGUCUACCAAACAGACUUCAUCAAUAAUUGACCAAAAUUCCUGCGGUACAGACAUAUGUCUUUCUACCAAUUUCACUAGUACCACCACAAGAAACGUGCGUAUCCUGUCAUCUGUCUCCCAAAAGUCAACUAACUCCCAAAACAGCAAAGCAGAAUCUUCCACCAGAGACAAAAGCAAUACAACUACCCAGACCAAGUCUUCUUCGACGAAAACUUCCAUUGGUACAACGUCAUAUCACUACUUUGAUUCUGCUGGCCACCGAAAAUUACCCAAUUUCCCAUUUUUUUUGGCAUUGCUUCUAAUUGAUUACAUUUCUUUCUAUACUAAUUGA